UGGUGUUGGUGGUGAUAGAGAGCAGAGCAGUCUGGAGCUACACACUGCAGAGCACAUCUCCAGCUGCUGUUAGCCUACCUGACGGCACAGCAGCCUUCUGGCUCUCAUCACAGCUCGUCCUGGAGGGGAAUGGGGGCCACCUAGCCCGCUUACUAGCCGACUAGAUUUCCUAGAAGCUGGGGGGAAAGCCUCGAAGGCUGGCGGUCCAGCAAGAUGGUAUCCUGGAUUAUCUCGAGGAUAGUUGUCCUUGCCUUUGGGACGCUCUACCCGGCGUACUCCUCGUAUAAGGCCGUCAAAACGAAGAAUGUGAAGGAAUAUGUGAAGUGGAUGAUGUACUGGAUAGUGUUUGCAUUGUUCAGCACAGCAGAAACGGUCACAGACCUGCUCCUAUCAUGGUUUCCAUUUUACUUUGAGCUAAAGAUUGCGUUUGUGAUCUGGCUGCUGUCUCCGUACACAAAGGGCUCCAGUGUCCUCUACCGCAAGUUUGUCCACCCCACCCUGUCAAAUAAAGAGAAGGAGAUAGAUGAGUACAUCGCACAGGCCAAAGACAGAAGUUAUGAGACCAUGAUGAAGUUUGGAAAACGGGGUCUCAACCUGGCUGCUAACGCUGCCGUCACUGCAGCCACCAAGGGGCAGGGCGUGUUGUCAGACAAGUUGCGGAGUUUCAGCAUGCAGGACCUCACUCUCAUCAACGCUGAUGACGAGCUGGCUCUGCACACUCCCGAUGCCCGCAUGAGACGGGACCCCAUGGAUGAGAUGAGCUCGGGCGCGAGCACGCUGCCCCGGGCCAAGAGCACUGCUGCACGGCAGACUCGCUCUGUGGCAGCCGCGUCCCUUAUUGAUGACACAUCGUCCCAACACAGCUCUGACCUGUCAGACACAAGAACCGAACACUCUGAUGAGGAUGUGGGAGAUAAAGGGCACAAACGCAGUACCAGUGUCAAGGCAACCAAGAAGCCUGCUGCUGCUAAGACAGAGACUCAAAACAAAACAGUGAAAAAGCCUGUGAAGAAGAAGACGACAACUAAUAACGCAGAGACGCCACCAUGAGUCCUGCAGCCCACACAUGCACUGGCCUCCACUUGCUCCACCCACAGCCUGCAGUCCCUUCCUCCUGUUUGGUGUCCACACAAGCGCACAUAUACACUUUACAUACAUACAUUCAUUUUAAAUACGGUUCUUUUAAAGUUACAGGCCCUUGUUUAUGUCUCGUUCUCUUUAAGGAGAAUUUAGCUGCGAUUUAACUGAGACUGAGACUUUUUUUUUUCUUUUUAAUUUUACACAGGCCACAGUCUUCAGCUAAUCUUGACCUGACCGUGUGAUAGAAAUCGUCCAAAGUUUGUCUUUUGAAGCACUGAAAACUG